UUUGUGAUUGGUCCAGACAACGGAUUUGGGGUUGGCGUGGACCGAAAGGAAGGUGAAAAUUACUCUAAUGAUCUCACGAGAAAACAUGCGAUUUUAUGAUAAUUGUUUACAUUGCUAAAACAUGAGAACAGAACCGAAUUGAUCCGGAUUCAACUGAAACGCUUCUGAAAACAGAUUCUUUAUUACCCCAGUCUUUUUCCCCUCUCUCCGCUGCUUGGGAGGAAGCUGCGGACAAACUUUGUUUUGGUCGAGCUGUAAAACGGGACCCUAAAUUCAUCGCAGCACCAGGGAAGAUAAACACAGAGGGGGGGUAAGGGGGUAACUAGCGCGUGCUUAAAAAAAAAAAAAGACAUUAUUUAUACCUGCUGGAAAGAAAACCCCGCAGAUUCUCCAGGGUCGCCAUUGUGUGGAAGCGAGAGAAGCAACGGAAGGAGAGAUGUGAUGGGGAUCCCCGCUUAAGGAGCGCAGAAAGGCGGGUUUGGGAGACCCGGAGUCGCCGAGGCCUCGGGGGGGAGUCCUCCGUCGUCCACCUGGAGCAGCGCAGCGCAGCGCGCGCGUCCCGGUAACGAUCAUCACGCGAGGGACGGGGCUGUGGAUGCGGCCUAACCUGGGAGGGUCUGCCGAGCACCGGUGAAACAACAAACGGAGGGGGCUUGCGGGGGUCAGCAGCUCCGGAGGACGGAGGCGAUCUUGAACUACACCAUGAUGGAAGAACUGCACAGCCUGGACCCCCGGCGGCAGGAGCUGUUGGAGGCUCGCUUUACUGGAGUUGGCGUGGCUAAGGGCUCGGGUCAGAGUCAAAACGAGUCAUCCAACCAAAGUCUGUGCAGUGUGGGCUCACUUAGUGACAAAGAGCUCGAGACUCCAGAGAAGAAGGCUAACGACCAGAGGGUGCGGAAACGCAAAGCGGACCACUUUGACGGCGGCCAAGGUAAAGCUGGAGCACGAGGACAUAAAAUUAGUGAUUAUUUUGAGUUUGCGGGAGGUAGCGGUCCUGGUACCAGCCCUGCCCGGGGGAUUCCACCAGUGGUCCGCUCUUCCCCACAACACUCUCUGUCCAAUCCCCCUGUCACGGUGCAGCAGGGAAGCCCCUCGUCCGUCAGUUCAGCCAACACAGAGCACUCCUUGUGCUUGAUGAAGCCAGCGUCUCUUCACUUCCUCCACAAAGCCACUCAGUCCGACCUGACUAUAGAGAAACUAAGAGCGAUGGAGAACAACAAGAACUCUGACCUGGAGAAGAAGGAAGGCCGGAUAGAUGAUUUGCUGCGGGCAAACUGUGAUCUGAGAAGACAAAUCGAUGAGCAGCAGAAGAUGCUGGAGCGAUACAAAGAACGGUUAAAUAAGUGUGUGACCAUGUCCAAGAAGCUGCUUAUUGAAAAAUCCAAACAGGAAAAAAUGGCGUGCCGCGAUAAAAGCAUGCAGGACAGGCUUCGACUGGGUCACUUUACCACUGUAAGGCACGGAGCGUCUUUCACCGAGCAGUGGACGGACGGAUAUGCAUUUCAAAACCUUAUCAAACAACAAGAGAGAAUCAACUCUCAGCGAGAGGACAUCGAAAGGCAGAGGAAGCUCCUGGCCAAACGCAAACCGCCUUCWAUGGCCCAGACUCCACCGCCGAGCCUGGAGCAAAACAAACGCAAGAGCAAGACCAACGGAACAGAAAGCGAAGCGUACGAACGACACCUCUUUUUAUUCUACUUUUUGUUUCAUCCCUCCCUCACAUACAUGUUGAAAGCCACACUGAGWUUGCUUCAAUUUUCUAACAGAUUAUCCCAGGCAGAGUACCAUGAGCAGGAGGAAAUCUUUAAACUCAGAUUGGGAUACCUUAAGAAGGAGGAGGCGGAGAUCCAGGCAGAACUGGAGAGAUUGGAGCGAGUCCGGAACCUUCACAUACGUGAACUGAAAAGGAUCCAUAAUGAAGAUAAUUCCCAAUUUAAAGAUCACCCGACGCUAAAUGACAGAUAUCUGCUGCUCCAUUUGCUCGGGCGAGGAGGUUUCAGUGAAGUGUACAAGGCCUUUGACUUAACRGAGCAAAGGUACGUCGCCGUUAAAAUCCACCAGUUAAACAAGAACUGGAGGGAYGAGAAGAAGGAAAAUUAUCACAAACAUGCGUGCAGAGAAUAUAGAAUCCAUAAAGAGCUCGACCACCCACGAAUAGUUAAACUCUACGACUACUUUUCACUUGACACUGACUCGUUCUGCACGGUGCUGGAGUACUGCGAGGGCAACGACCUGGACUUCUACCUGAAGCAGCACAAACUCAUGUCGGAGAAAGAGGGCCGCUCCAUCAUCAUGCAGAUCGUUAACGCCCUGAAGUACCUCAACGAGAUCAGACCGCCUAUCAUCCACUACGACCUUAAACCUGGUAACAUCCUGCUCGUAAACGGCACCGCCUGCGGGGAGAUAAAGAUCACAGACUUCGGCUUGUCCAAGAUCAUGGACGACGACAGCUACAACUCCGUAGACGGGAUGGAGCUAACCUCACAGGGAGCGGGGACGUACUGGUACCUGCCCCCCGAGUGCUUUGUGGUCGGCAAGGAGCCGCCGAAAAUCUCCAAUAAGGUCGACGUGUGGUCCGUGGGAGUCAUUUUCUACCAGUGUUUGUACGGCCGCAAGCCUUUUGGCCACAACCAGUCCCAGCAGGACAUCCUGCAGGAGAACACAAUUCUGAAGGCCACAGAAGUCCAGUUUCCCCCUAAACCUGUAGUCACACCUGAAGCUAAGGCCUUUAUAAGGCGCUGUCUAGUCUACCGUAAAGAGGACCGCAUUGACGUCCACCAGCUGGCCAGCGACCCCUUCCUGAUGCCCCACAUCCGCAAGUCGGUGGCUUCCUCGGGCACGGCGGGCAUGGCCGUGGCCUCGACGUCCAGCUCCUGCAACAACAGCGCUUCAAACUGAGCUCAGCUCCUUUUCAAAUGACCCAAUCAUUCGAUGGGGGGCGGGGGGGGUCGACGCUACGCAGCCCCCUCCGUCCUGACGUCAUCCCACCUCGCCACGAAGAGCUCCAGGGAAACUGGUCAGACGGCAGCGAGGGGUGGGUGAGAAGUCACGGAGGGGGUCGGGAACGGAGCCCUCCGAUGUCCAUCCACCCCGGGCCCGCCUGUCCCGCCUUCUCAAAAGAAGUGGCAUCGUUCUGGGGGUCAAAGCCCUGGAAGACUCCGGGUUUCGGCACCGUGCUGGGGGUGGGAAAAGGGGGGUAAAAAAAGUGGGUUUAGUGUUUCAGAAUUUUCUUUUCUGGUUAAAAAUCAGAAAAUAAAAUGAAGUGUAGAACCGCCUGGGCUCGGACUGAUGAAACAGGACUGCAGAAGCCCCCAUACGCUCUCUCACACCCGACCCGUGCAUGAGCCGUCCCGGUCCAAAGUAGUCAGAACCUCCCCCAUGCUCAAACGUUUCGUUUGUUCUCCUCAAAGUUAAAGGAGGAAGCCAGCUGGGGCCGUUAAUGUUUUGUUUUUAAACCCUAAAUGGCUACGGCACUGUGUCAUCCAGCUCGCUGUUUAUUUUAAUUUUUUUACCAAAACCCGUUCAAAUUGCAGACCUGCUUAGUUUGUGAUGAGGAGGGRGAACUUCUGGUCAUCUGCUCCCUCCCCUCCACACGUCCUCUCAAAACUCCUGUGACCAAAGCUUUUACCUUCCAGCUGGUGGCAGUGUUCACCUCAGUUUUUAUAACCAAUGGUUUUUAGAGUCGUGCUGCUGUCAUAGAGAGUGGAAGCUGCUGAGGAUCGACCCCCCCACGUUUUACUUAAUUUUUAUUAUUUUUUAGAGAAAAGAAAUAUGUUCAGUUUUUAAACAAGAGUUCACAGAGAAAACUUGUUUUCAAGUUGCCUUUUUAAUUAGAAUUGUUUUGUUCGACCUCGCCCUCCUGUUUUCAUGAACACAUAUUUAUUUAGGUAUGUUUGAAUUGAUUUUUGGCCAAUAAAAUGCAAGGGACUGGUUUUACCUAAAAGUACUGUUGUGAGGGGGACUGGGCUUUAGCAAAAUGUUGCAUUAAAUCAUUAAAUACUAUUGGUUAAAAUGUG